AUGGCGCUGAUGCCGCCGAGAGCUCCGCGCCUCGCCGCUGCCGUCCUCCCCCUCCUCUUCCUCCUCCUCCUCACCCCCGCGGAGGCGCUGCCCUUCGUCGUUCUGCACGGAGCAGGGAUUGGGGGCCAGUGCACCGACAGCAGCGUCGCCGAGUUCACCCGGCUCCUGGCCGACUGGUCCGCCGCCGACGGCCACUGCCUGUACGUACUUAGAUAUGCGUCUUCUACGUACGCCCUUCCGGCACUGGAGUUUGACUCAUUGUGCUCGCUUGUGUUCAGAGAAAUUGGAAAUGGGGCACGGGACUCCUGGCUCAUGCCUCUCCAGGAACAGGCUGAUAUCAUGUGCAACAAGGUAAAGGAGAUGAAAGAGCUAAGCGGCGGCUAUAACAUUGUUGGUCUGUCUCAGGGGAACUUGGUUGGCCGGGCAGUAGUCGAGUAUUGUGACGAUGGACCACCGGUCAAGAAUUUCAUCUCACUCGCUGGGCCUCAUGCCGGUACUGCUUCCGCGCCACACUGCGGUUCUGGUUUUUUCUGUGUUAUUGUUGAUGCCCUGAUCAAAUCCGAGAUUUACUCAGACUACGUGCAGGCACAUCUUGCGCCAAGUGGUUACAUCAAGAUCCCAACUGAUAUAGAUGAUUAUCUGAAGGGAUGCAGGUUUCUUCCCAAACUUAACAAUGAGAUACUAGGUGAAAGAAAUGCUGCCCACAAGGAAAGGUUCAGCAACCUAGAGAAUUUAGUACUGAUCAUGUUUGAGAAUGAUACCGUCCUCAUACCGAGGGAGACGUCAUGGUUUGGUUAUUACCCUGAUGGAGCCUUUGAUCCAGUCCUACCUCCUCAGCAGACAAAGCUAUAUCAGGAAGACUGGAUUGGUCUGAAGGCCCUGGAUGACGUCGGGCGAGUCAAGUUCGUGUCGGUGGCAGGAGAUCACCUGGACAUCUCCAACAGUGACAUGAGAAAACACAUCCUGCCUUACUUGAAGGACAAACCAUCUGCUUGA